UCCAAUGUCACCGCCAUGUUCUUAUUGGGAGAUUCUUCUGUGGAUUGCGGCUUCAACACUCUCUUUUACCCUCUUCUCCACCGCAAUUUCUCUCUCCUUCCUUGUGACUCCAACUCCACUUCUCUUCUUCCUUUUCUUCUUGGUUCAUUUCGUCUUCUUUAACCUUCCCUUUCUUGAUUGGUUCUUUACUUUCUUGUGUAAAGUCAUUUAUAAUAAUACUAUUCUUGCAGCUGACAAGAUCGGCAUACCGCACGCUCAACCUUUAUACAAUCAGAAUGGACCCGUUGAAGCCAUCCUAAACGGCCUCAACUUCGGUUCCCCACAGGCAACCAUCAUGAGCAGCGGCCAAAGCUAUCAGUCUCUCAACCAACAACUACGUCAAGUACUCGACGCCAUUCAACUCUUGCGCCUGCGACUUGGGCAACACGCCACUCGCCAUUUCAUCCAAUCAUCCCUCUUCUAUCUCUCAUUCGGUGAGGUUGAUUUCAUCAAUCUCUACCUUCUAAACUCAACGGAGGGAAUGUAUGGCGGCGAGGAAUUUGCUCGGCUGCUUGUAUCACAGAUGGUGAUCGCCAUAAGAAACCUCCAAGAAGCAGGAGCGAGGAAGAUCGUAUGCAUGGGAAUACUGCCAUUGGGAUGCACUCCUCGAGUACUGUCUCAAUGGCGGGAUUCACCUGCAGCAACAUUCGAUGAGAAGGGAUGUGUGAAAGAGAUGAACGAGUUGGUUGGGAAAUACAACAAAGUGAUGGGAGAGGAGAUGGUGAAGCUGAAUGCAGAGUUUGGAGAUGCUCAGAUGGUAUUCUGCGACGCUUACAAAGGGAUGAUGGAGAUCAUCGGAAACCCAACCAAAUACGGAUUUAAGGAGUCAAGGAGUGCUUGCUGCGGGGUUGGUUGGAACAAUGCAAGCGUAGUAGGAUGCGUGGCAAUGGAGAUAGCUUGCAGGGAAGUUAGAAGAUAUGUGUGGUGGGAUUUGUACAAUCCCACGGCGGCUGUCAAUUCGUUGCUUGCGGAUUCAGCAUGGCGGAAUCAGCCAUUGUCUACCCUUUGCCAUCCAUCCAACAUUCAAGACUUGCUGCUUACAUGAAUUAAAAUACUCCAAAUUCGAGGAG